CACCAUCACCUAUGAAACUGGAAACAGGGCCCAACAACCUUGCGCCAACAGAACAGAACGAGCUGCAUAGAGACUGCAAUCCACGGCGUGACUCUAAACAAAAUAGGGGGCUCGAGUGUCCCAACCCCAAACCAUACUGUCAUUUCGUCUCGUAAGCGCGGAGUCUACCAUUCCGACCACCCCACAACCAUAACUUCCCGUGAUUCUUCUUCUGGCUGCAUGCUUUAGCUCGGGAAACCGUAAAAAGACGCUACCAGUCGCUGUAACCGACUUAUCCUUCUGAUCUCGCAGGUGGUGUGGGCUUGCUUGGAGUGACCGCAUUUCCACUCCGUAAUCCCCUCCAUUCUUCGCGUGAGUAUAACGCUCCAGAAGGCAUGAUCCGAAAUAGCUAGAAACAAGCAAUCGCCGCACAAACUACCUUGAACAGUAGGCUGAGAGACCGGUGUCUAGCGGCAUUGUUCGCUCAUACUACGCACGUGUUAUCAAGAACCAUGGUGAAAGACAAGGCAAGUUCUACUACCCUGCUUGGGGAUUGCCCCAAAUGCACUCCGGGGAGCUGAAGAAGGCGUAUCGUAAGAUGGCCCUCAAGUACCACCCAGACAAGAACGAAGACCCUGGGGCGGAGGAGAAGUUCAAGCAGAUAGCCUCGGCCUACGAGGUUCUGGCAGACGAGGAGAAGAGGAAGCUAUACGACAAGGGAGGAGAGGAGGCCCUCAAAGAGAGCGGAGGAGGGGGUCACGAUGCCUACGACAUCUUCGACAUGUUCUUUGGUGGAGGAGGGAGGAGAGGGAAGAGGGAGAACCGCACCAAGGACAUGAUCUACCCACUAAAGGUGUCUCUGGAUGACCUCUACAAUGGGAGAGUGUCAAAGCUGGCCGUUCAGAGAAACAUCAUCUGUGACGAGUGCAAGGGGAAGGGAGGAAAAGAGGGUGCUGUUGUACACUGUGAAGAAUGCAAUGGGCAGGGCGUUGUGAUUCUAUUAAAUACUAGGAUCCAGGAUUUGUGCAGCAGUUUCAGCAGCGAUGCGACGUGUGUCGGGGACGUGGGGAAAUCAUCAACGGUGAGCCCUGUCGCCACACACUGUUAUUGUGACAGAGAAAGAGAGAGCGGUUGUGUUUUGUGAGUUGUCCAAAAAGGGUUCCGGAUAAUACUCAGAAAUCAAUUCCUAUACCAGUUUCCAAAGGUGACCUCUCUGCCUGCAUUGUAUCAGUCAAUGGCCCAGAAACUGAUGAUCUAGCUAUCUUAACAUUAUGAUGCACGAUGCAACUUGUUGCGUGAUAUUUACUGCAACUUCAGAAUCACAUACGUUCAACAAACCCAUCACACACAACUUUGGUCUUAUGUUGUGUAAUAUGGCCUUU